AUGGUCGGUGCUAAGUCUUGUUCAACUCCAUCUUCCACUACCAUAAAACUAAGUACUGAUGAUGGUGAUAUUUUGGAUAAUCCUACAAAGUAUAGAUCUCUCGUAGGUGCUCUUAAAUAUAUAACAUGUACUCGGCCAGAGAUAAGAUUUGAAGUUAAUCCAGUUUGUCAAUUUAUGCAUCAACCUACUAUAACUCAUAUGGUGGCGGCUAAGAGAAUACUGAGAUAUAUCAAAGGCACACUACAUCAUGGAUUAUUAUUUUCUAAGGGUCUCACAACUUUGCAAGUUUAUAAUGAUGUUGAUUGGGAUGGUUCUCCCAAUGAUCGACGUUCUACAAGUGGAUUAUGCAUCUUUUUUGGUCACAAUCCCAUUUCAUGGUCUGCUAAAAAUCAAGCUAUUGUUGCUCGUUCAAGCACUGAAGUUGAAUAUCGUGCACUUUAUCAAACUUCAGCUGAGGUAAUUGGUUAUGUCAACUUCUCAGAGAUUUAUAUAUUUUUCUUCCAGCAUUACCCACCCAACAAUGUGACAACACUAGCAGUAUUGAUCUUGCCUCCAACAUUGUUUUUCACAGUAAAAUGA